AUGGGAAGAUAUUUCGUUUUUUUAUUAGUUUUUAUUUUGUUUUUUAAUGGUUUUAAUUCGCAAAUUCAUAAAGAUGAUUAUAGUUGUUUGAAUAAAUUAGCAGUAAAAAUUUUAAAUCUAUCAUUAUAUAGUUUGAAUAGUACAACUAAACAAUAUAAUUUUUGUAGUAAAGUAAAUAAAAAUGAAAUAAAUUGUAAUUCAGAUGGGAGAAUAACAGGAAUUCAAGUAGUUCAUUUCAAAAAAAUAAAUUUACUUUCGCCAAAUGAUUUUAUUUGUUUUCCUUUUUUAAAAUCAAUAGGUGUAGAAAGUUUUGUAAUUUCAAAAAAUUUUUUAUAUGGUCCUUUUCCUGAUUCUCUCGAUGAAAGAGUUUUUUUAUUAAAUGGGGAUUUAUUAUCAAUAUUUGAUGUUGACACUGAAAUUGGAUUUAAUAAUACUAUUAAAAGAACAGAAAUUGAUAUUUUAAGAGUUAAUGGUGGUGUAGCUACAUCAUUGAACACUACAGUUUAUAUGUCAACAAUUUCACAUUUUAAAAAUAUUGAAUUUAUAUAUGGCACUGCAGCAAUUACAAAUAAAACCAACUUUAUAAUUGAAAAUGAUUUAAAUGAAAAUAAAAAAUCAUCAUUCAAAGAUUUCACUUCCUAUUGUUCAAAUAUACCACCAUUAAGUUAUAAUAACGGUACAAUUGAUUUUGUUGAACUCACAUUUUUACCAAGUUUCGAUAAAGAAUCAGUUUCAAAUUUUUCAAGUUAUUCAAAUGUUUUGGAUAUUUAUUUAUACUCAUGGGACCCGAAUCAAGUUUUCCCAUUUCCAUUAGGUCUUAGUAAUAUUCCACCAGGAAAUAAAUUAAUUUAUUUAACCAUAGAUAGUCCAGGUAAUCUUUUCAAUUUUAAUGGUAAAUUCCCAUUCUCCUCCUUUUAUAAAAAUUUAGAACAUUUUGCUCUUAAUGAUGGUAAUUUUUCAGAAUUACCAAAAUUAGAAGAUGUUUUUAAAGAGAAAAUAACUGUAAUUAAUUUGAAUAAUAAUAGUAUUGGAGGAAACGUUCAAACCACAUUGGAUUUUGGUAAACUUCCAAAUUUAAAGGUACUUAAAUUAAAAAAUAAUAAAUUAACAGGAUCAAUUGAUGAAAGUUGGUGUAGAGUUAACUUUGAUAUUAGUAAUAAUCUUAUUAGUGGUGAAGCUCCUGGUUGUGUUAUUUGUCAUGUUCCUGAUCAUCAUCCACGUAUUCGUGGAAUUAAUUUUACCAAUUGGGAUCCAAAACCACCAUGCACUUCAAUUAUUCCAAAUUUAAUGUACGAUAAUUCUUCUGACCUACUCUUACUCUAUGGUCAAGAUAUUGGCUUCUCGCCUAUGGAUAUGUAUAUACUAGAUAUUUCAUAUAAAUUCUCAUUUUCCUGUGAUAUGCCUGGUUAUCCUGAAAUUUAUAAUACUCAAUUCUGUUUAAAAUACAUUAGCACUGAUGGACCAAAUCCAUAUUCAUUUAAUAUCACAUACCAACACUUACCACCAGGAUCAAAAACAACAUUUGAAUUGGCAGCUUAUAAUAUGUUUUUACCAUUAGUUAAUACCGCUAUAUUGGAUUAUUCCAAUGAAUCAUUAACAAUUGCUGGUAGAUAUUUCUCAUACAAUAAGACAGUAAUUAAUAUUCAAGUUAAUGGUAAAACCUGUAAUAUUGAAUCAUGUGAUUUUAAUGAAAUUAAAUGUAAUUUUUCAAAUGAUAAUAACAAUAAUAGUAAUUUUAAUGGUUCAAAUGUAUUUGUACAAAUUAUGAAUGUUUCAUCGGAAAUUUGCAUUUCCAAAUGUAAUGAUGAUGUCCCUUAUGAAUGUGAAUUUAAAUUUGAAAGAUGUAAUUGUAGUGAAGGAUGGGAAGGUGACAAUUGUGAAACUCUUAAAAGAUGUCCAAAUGAUUGUAGUGGUGCAGGUAUUUGUAAUCAUAUCACUGGAAUAUGUUUAUGUAAUUCUGGUAGAAUACAAGAUGAUUGUAGUGUUUUAGGAUUUGAAUGUAAGUCAGAUUGUUUAAAUGGUUCAAAAUGUAAUUAUGCAAUUGGUAAAUGUGAUUGUAUACUUGGAUGGGAAGGUGAUGAUUGCAGUUCAGAAUUAUCAUCAUCAGAACCAUCAUCAUCAUCAGAACUAUCAUCAUCAGAACCAUCAAAAUCAAACAAAAUAAUACUGCUCAGUGUUCUAUUACCAUCACUUGCAUUGUUGGGUUUAAUAUUAUCAUUUUAA